GACGUGAUUGGACAGCUCGCGGAGAUUAUCUGCCACCAUCCAGCCCCACAGAAGGUGCGAAGUCAAAGUACCUGUACAAGCAGGUCGAUUGCUCGAAGCUGAGACACGUCUCUUAUUGUGGCAAGUCCAGCCAAACUGGCUGUGCGAACACCUAUGAGAUCAACAGUGGAGUUGGCUACACCUGCCUUUGGGACAAGGAAAUUUGGCCUCCUGCCUGCAUUGCUUAUCGGGAGAAGGCGAGAAGUCCUAUUUGCAUUGAAGGCACCUGCGGCCCUGGCACUCGCGGAGCUCCUGAUAAGUGCUGGUAG